CAGAGGCUGCAGAUGUGAGCAGCAGCUACGUGCUGGUGUCACACUGCUCGUGAUUGGCGGCUGAGUGUGUGUGUGUGUGUGAGAAACCAGUAGCAGGUUCCCAGACACACACACACACACGCACACGGUCUCCCUCGGCAGAGACAGGGGAAACCAGCUCUCCUCCCGCGGCUCACACGCACCAGCUUCUGUCGCGGAAACAAAGUGGAGUGGACGCGAUGUUGAGGGAGAAAUGUUCCCGCUGACGGAAACAACAACUCGGAACAACUGUGACAGCGGCUGGAGAAAUUAACCCCGGGAUCCGAGCUCCACACGUGGACACCGCCGCUGAGACACCUCGUGAAGCGCGGCUCUCGUUCCUCCCCACUUGACCUUCUUGCCACCUGCUCCACUCCUCACGCCCACUUGAGAGAUGAGCGCUAAGUCGGCCAUCAACAAGGAGGUGUUCAUACCCCACGACGAGAAGAUGCUCGCUGCUGUGCAGGUGAAGCGCAGGACCAAGAAGAAGAUCCCCUUCCUGGCCACUGGUGGUCAGGGAGACUACAUGACCUUCAUCUGCCUCUCAGUGACGAAUAAGAAACCUUCCCACUUAUCCAUCACGAAGGUGAAGCAGUUUCAAGGAUCCUCCGCCUUCAUAAAAAGGUCACAGUGGACGAUUGACCAGCUACGGCAGGUCAACGGCAUCGACCCCAACAAAGACUCUCCUGAGUUUGACAUGAUGUUUGAAAAUGCUUUCGACCAGUGGGUUGCCGGUUCAGCAGGAGAGAAGUGCACCUUCAUCCAGAUCCUCCACCACACCUGCCAGCGCUACAGCGCGGCACGGAAACCAGAGUUCAUCAACUGUCAGUCCAAACUGCUGGGGGAAGGCCGAGCUGUAGAUUCAGUCAUUUUCCGUUGCAAGGUCUAUUUGAACAGAAAGAGGAAAGAAUUUGUUUCCCGCCACGGUCAUCUGCUAAGACAAGGUAACAGUAUACUCCACUCAGCCGCCGACAGCGUGACGAGUGCUGUGCAGAAGGCCAGCCAGGCUCUGAAUGAGCGCGGUGAGCGAUUAGGUCGGACCGAGGAGAGGACCGCAGACAUGAUGAACAGUGCCGAGCAGUUUGCUGUCACUGCACACAAGCUUGCCAUGAAGCACAAGUGUUAGACCACUGCCAAAUCCGACUGGGCUGGGUGGGGUUUCACCUAUCGCCAGUCGCUGUACAGAAGAAGGAUUCCAGAUUUUAUUCUUUUUAAAAAUCUUUAAUAUUAUUACUAUUUGUUAACAAUGUUAACAUUUUAAUGUUUUGGGGGUUAUUGUGCUCUGGUGUGUCCUCUGGGGACGAUGCAUCGAUCGGAUGGCGGGACGAGACGUGUACAAUGCUCCUUCAGACUGUCAACAGAACGCUUCAUGCUUUUGUUUUGCCCCAAAAAAAGGUUCAAACUUUAUUUGAUAACUACAGUCGCCCAAAACAACCCCCUCCUGUUUUCAUGUGCUCAGACACUGAUGUGUGUUCACGUGCUGCCAAGUCAUCAUCGCUUCACGACGAAGAAUAGCUUGUCUUUGCAGAUUAUCCAAUGUUAACAGUUAUUUAUGAGCCCUGCCGUGUUUGAGCAGUAGCUUUGUGAGCCUGAGCCUCUCAUGGAAUCACAGGUGUGGUUCUGGAUUGUGUGCUGCCAUUACCACACAAAUAUGUAUAACACACACACAUACCAGACAAUGGCCUGCAUUUUCUGCUCUGAUGUUUACUUUGCACCCAGAUAAUUAUUGAACACAUCCAGAAGAGCAACACGUCCGUCUGCGUGACCAAAUCCAAAAAGUGUUGAUUCUCACUCUUCUGGUCUGUUUUUCUGUCAAUGAUUUCAAAUUCUAUUACAACAGUAUUCGCCAAAAAUGUUUUCAAGAUAUUCACAAACUGCCGAUGACGCUGAAUAAGGUGUUUCUGAUGACAUAAUAUAGAACAGGAUUGAAAUGUGUGGGUCUCUGUUAGACUGUUAAAAAAACAACCAAAACAACAUGGAAUACAGCCGCCAACAUUUUUGGAAGUGUACUUGAAGAGCUCAUUUUCUGAUUAAGCUUUUUUCAUUAUGAUAAUUUAAGUUAAGUGAGGGGAUUUCAGUGAACCAGCUUCUGCGUUGUAAAAAGCAAAACAUGUGAUUCUUCUCGUACUGUUAUCUCAGUGUCCGUAGAGCUAAUACGUCCCAUAAAUAUGGGGCGUUUUGAAAUUACUCCUGGCUGUAUUUCCACUUUAAACAUCUGUUAGUCAUCUCUUGUGCUUUUUGUAUAAUUUGGAUUGAAUAAUAUUCAUAAUAAUGAUGUUUGUACUGAUAGAUAAAGGACUAAAUGUCCCAAAUAGCAGCAGCAGCGGUGUUUGAUAGUUUAUUUUUCUGUGCCGGCGUCACACUGCCUGUACCUUUGGCUUCCUCACUGGCAAGAUAUCACCCUCAACAAUGUAUUUGAUUCUUUUUUUUAUAGUUUGAAUUUUAUAAUUCAUGAUGUUACUAUACACUGACAACUUUUAUCUUGCAGAGCACUGUUGAGUUCAUAAUGAAACGUUCCAGUUGCCUAACUCUGUGUGCUUUUAUUCCUCUCUCUAACACUUUGGAUGUUUAUUGUUUUAAUAAAAAAGACAUAUAAAAAUGAA